ACAUUUUUUCUCAUUUUUUUUUUAGAAACUAGAACAGCUCAACAAAUAUCCUGAUUUUAAUAAUUAUUUAAUGUUUGUAUUGACAAAACUAGUGUCUGAAGAUGAACCUACUCGAUCUCUAAGUGGCUUAAUACUUAAGAAUAAUGUAAAAUCGCAUUUUGAUAGCCUAGUUCCAAGUGUAGCAAACUUCAUAAAACAAGAAUGUUUGCAAGCUGUGGGAGAUCCAUCACCUCUUAUACGAGCAACUGUAGGAAUAUUAAUUACUACUAUUGCGAGCAAAGGGGAUUUAUCGAAAUGGCCUGAGCUUUUGCCAUCAUUGUGUAAUAUGUUAGACUCACAAGAUUAUAAUGUUUGUGAAGGUGCAUUUGGGGCUUUACAAAAAAUCUGCGAAGACACCGCUGAGGCCUUAGAUGCGGACACAGUUAACCGCCCUUUAGAAAUACUUAUUCCGAAGUUUCUUCAAUUUUUUAGUCAUUCCAGUUCAAAAAUUCGUUCAUAUGCUAUUGGAUGUGUUAAUCAAUUUAUAAUUCAAAGGUCUGAAGCUCUUAUGGUUCUUAUAGACUCCUUUUUAACGAAUUUAUUUCAUGUAGCAACAGAUGAAGACCCAGAAGUACGGAAAAACGUGUGUAGAGCUCUAGUAAUGUUGUUGGAGGUGCGAAUGGAUAGAUUGAUUCCUCAUAUGCAUAAUAUAAUAGAAUACAUGCUGCUGCGUACUCAAGAUCCUGAUGAAGGUGUUGCAUUGGAAGCUUGUGAAUUUUGGCUUACGUUUGCCGAACAACCAAUAUGCAGAGACGUUUUAGGUUCUCAUUUGAACCGAUUAGUUCCCAUACUAAUUCGUGGUAUGAGAUAUUCUGACAUUGAUAUCAUUCUUUUAAAGGGUGAUGUGGAGGAAGAUGAAAGUGUACCUGACAGAGAAGAAGAUAUACGUCCUAGAUUUCAUAAAUCUAAAACACAUACAAUUAAAGCUACUCCUGCAGCCGGUAAUGUUAAUUCUGCUGAGAAUGGGUCCGCUGAGCAGGGAGAUGAUGACGAGGAUUAUGAAGAUGGAGAUGAUGACAGUUCAUUAUCAGACUGGAAUUUAAGAAAAUGUAGUGCAGCCGCAUUAGAUUGUCUCGCUAACGUCUUUAGAGAAGACUUACUGCCUAUUUUGUUACCUAUUCUCAAAGAAGCGCUGUUUCAUCAAGAUUGGUUUAUAAAAGAAUCAGGAAUUCUUGCAUUAGGGGCUAUAGCUGAAGGAUGUAUGCCAGGAAUGGUAGACCACUUACCAGAAAUAAUACCAUAUUUAAUCGAUCGUCUAAACGACAAAAAAGCCUUAGUUAGAGCAAUAACGUGUUGGACCCUCAGUAGAUAUUCCCAUUGGGUUGUAUCACAACCUCACGAGGCAUAUCUCAAACGCCUCAUGACUGAAUUGCUCGAAAGAAUUCUUGACAGUAAUAAGAGAGUUCAAGAGGCAGCGUGUUCAGCCUUUGCCACCCUUGAAGAAGAAGCUUGCACUGAAUUGGUUCCUUAUUUGGGUUAUAUAUUGGAAACUUUAGUUUUCGCCUUUUCGAAAUAUCAACAUAAAAAUCUUCUAAUCUUAUAUGACGCUAUUGGUACUUUGGCAGAUUCUGUAGGGCAUCAUCUAAACAAACCAGAAUAUAUAAAUCUUCUCAUGCCACCUCUCAUAAAUAAGUGGAACGUUCUUAAAGACGAAGACAAAGAUUUAUUUCCACUUCUUGAGUGCCUUUCAAGUGUUGCCACUGCCUUGCAGUCAGGAUUUCUUCCCUAUUGUGAACCUGUAUAUCGACGAUGCGUGUCCCUAAUACAACAGACUUUAUAUCAACAUUUGGCUAAUACGCAAAAUCCAGAUCAAUAUGAGGCCCCUGACAAAGACUUUGUUAUAGUUGCAUUAGACCUGCUUUCUGGUCUGGCAGAAGGUUUGAAUGGUCAUAUUGAAAAACUGGUCGUUAAUUCAAAUAUAAUGGAACUGUUGCAUCAUUGUAUGCAGGAUCCAAUGCCGGAAGUUCGGCAGUCAUCUUUUGCUCUUCUUGGUGACCUUACCAAAGCUUGUUUCCAACAUGUACGCCCUUGCAUACCGGAUUUCCUUCCCAUCCUCGGACGAAAUCUCAAUCCGGAAUAUAUUUCCGUCUGCAAUAAUGCCACCUGGGCCAUUGGAGAAAUAAGCAUAAAGCUAGGUGCGGAUACGUCACUGUAUAUACCUAUAGUGCUAACUCAGUUAAUUGAAAUUAUCAACAGGCCAAAUACACCAAAAACAUUAUUGGAAAAUACUGCCAUUACAAUCGGUCGCCUAGGUUAUGUCUGCCCCCAUGAUGUCGCGCCCAUGUUACAACAAUUUGUUCGUCAGUGGUGUACAUCAUUACGAAACAUACGAGAUAACGAAGAAAAGGAUAGCGCUUUUAGAGGGAUGUGUCAUAUGAUAACGGUUAAUCCCGCAGGGGUUGUACCAGACUUUAUCUUCUUCUGUGAUGCAGUAGCAUCGUGGAUUACUCCAAAAGAAGACUUAAGGGAAACAUUUACAAAGAUAUUGCAUAGUUUCAAGGCGCAAGUAGGGGAAGAAAAUUGGAAGAGGUUCAGCGAUCAGUUUCCUCCACCAUUGGGUGAACGUCUGUCGACGUUGUACGGUAUUUGAAGGGAAUACAGGUAGGGAGGGAUAUGAUUUAUCAAUUCGGAGUUGAGACUAAAUUUUCUGGAAAUUGUGGGGACAAUUUCAGCCGCGAUAGAACUGGGUGGGCACCUACCGAACAGUUUAUUCAUUUAAUGCGAGAAUCGACGGGAGGGUUCGUUCAAUCAAGAAAAUAAUAAAUAACGAGGAUUACGCGAUCAUAUAAAUAAUAAUAAUUACGAAUGCUGCAGCACAGCGUCAAUGCAUCCGACAUCGGCAGACUGUGAUUAAUUAUAGUACGACUCAUGCUCAGAAAGAAACUCAUUAGAAACAAUAAAAAAAAGUACGAUGACGAUUUCAUUAAAUCUGAUGAUGAGCUGUACCUCCAUGUUCGCAAUAGUGUUACAUAUACAUAAUUGUUUAUUUCCAAUACGGAUCUCAGUGGGCUGAAAAUUGCAGGGACUUUAUAUGUUGAGAUACACACGGACAUGCAGGGGUAGAAAGGAUAAAUUUUGAAUUAGAUCAGUCAUCAGGGACUCUAGAAAAUGCAAAUUACCGUUCCAGUUCCUUUGAAAUAUCGAUUUUAAGUACUGAGUAUAGAAAAGAUAAUUUUCGAAACACUUUAUUAUAAUAAAUAUUUAUAGUUUAUCUUAAUGAAUGCUGAUAUUACUUUACAUUCCUAACUUUGCAGGUUUAAAAUAAAUGAUCUGUUAUUUUUCAGACACUGAGAAACCACUUAUUGUGUCAUUUUGUAAUUAAUUAUUCUUAAUCUAAAUAAACUAUAAAUGCGUUUUAAAA